CACAAGCCCCUUGGGCCUAGCAGGGGUGGCGCACGGAGGGGAUAUAUGUUACAGGUCUCGCCUCACAGCCGCAUCCCUCUUUCUCACCGGCACGCUGACACAGCUUACGAACCCUUUUGUCCCUUCUCACUGUCAUCGCAUGGUGAGAUGUUUCUGCGACGAAGGUGCGGCUCCUGCAGCAAGAGGCUCUCGAGGGGUCCGAAAUGGCGGCUCAGCGGUUUGGGUCUUCUCUACUGUCACCAGUGCGUGGCGGCAAAGCGCCAGCGGAGGGUGAAACAGUCCUGGAUCAGACAGUACGACUGGGAUGACGAGACAUGCCAAAUAUGCUUCCGGGGCGGGCUCGCGUGCUCGCCAGCCUUUACACCCUGCGGCCACUGCUAUUGCGAGAGUUGCCUAAUGCUAUGGCUUGACUCAGGCAAUGGGUGUCCAACGUGUAGGGCUGCGUUUCCCCGGAGUGAGGUACUCAAGGGCGAUUAUGUGAUGGUUCAUGUGCUAUAGGGGCAGGAACGUGUGGAAGCGGUGGAUCCCUCCUUUCGAGUUGUCCGGACCUUGUGUGCACCGUAUCACGGUACAAUCUACGGCCGUGGUGAUAACCGUAUCUCACUCGUGACCUACGCUGUGUCUGCACAGGCCGAAUCACAG